UGGUAUACUUUAUAAUACGUCAAUGGCGCCAGCAAUGGCGUCCGGAUGUAUCAGAUUUCUCGAUGAAUAGACUGGAAGUAUAACGGGUGAUUGACAGGCUGGAAACUGGGCGGUGACUUAAUCAGUUGUAUAUGAUAGCUCAUACAUUGCUCAAGCAGUUUAAACACGGAACUAGCACAGGUAAAAGUGACUUUGGAUGAGAACCAGUAAUACCUUGACCAUGAGGCCUUACAUAUGUCUAAUGACCUAUGUCUUCCUUCCUAUCCUUAUUGUCAUAGGAACCACUACCAUUCACCAUGACUACUGCAUCAUUGGAGCAGGACCAAGUGGCCUUCAACUGGGAUAUUUUUUACACCAGAAAAACAGAAACUAUAUUAUAUUUGAGAGAAAUAAUGUAUCAGGAAGCUUCUACUUGAAGUAUCCUCGCCAUAGAAAACUCAUCAGUAUCAACAAACGAAAUACAGGCAAAACUAAUAAAGAAUUUAACCUACGCCAUGACUGGAACUCUCUGAUAAGUCAUGAUGAAUCUCUUCAAAUUCGUCAUUAUUCCAAGGAGUUGUUCCCACAUGCAGAUAUUCUUGUCAGAUACCUCAAUGACUACAAAGAGAAGCUGGGCCUCCGAGUUCAGUACAAUACUAACAUUCAGAACAUUGAACACCAACAGGACUUGUACUCCAUGGAGGAUAGCAACAGCCAAAAGUACACUUGCUCAAAGUUAAUCAUGGCCACUGGUAUAGCUACUCCCAACAUUCCAGAAAACGUGCCUGGUAUGGAAUAUGUGACUGGAUAUGAAGAUGUCUCAGUUAAUCCAGAAGACUUUGAAGGGCAGUCUGUUCUUAUACUGGGUCGUGGUAAUGCUGCUUUUGAAACUGCUGAUGCUAUUUACGGAUCCACUAAUGUUGUACACAUGGUUGCACGCUCUAGAGUAAGACUCUCAUGGGCCACACAUUAUGUAGGAGAUCUCAGGGCAGUAAACAAUGGACUUCUUGAUACAUAUCAGUUAAAAUCUCUGGAUGGAGUUCUAGAGGCAGGAUUAGAGGAAGUGAAAAUUGUUCAGCAGGAUGGAAAGUUACACCUCCAGUUCAAAGAGGAUGAGGAAGAUCCAAUUUAUUCCAUUGACAACUUUGCUCUCCGAGAUCCUUAUGAUAAAAUCAUUCGUUGUCUUGGAUUUAAAUUUGAUAAAUCUAUUUUUAACAACAAAACAGUGAUUUCAUCUGGAAGAGGGAGAACCAAGAAAUACCCUAAGAUUAACUACAAUUAUGAGUCUGCUGACAAUCCAAACAUGUUCUUUGCUGGCACAGUCACUCAUUCCCUGGAUUUCAGAAAAUCAGCAGGAGGUUUCAUCCAUGGAUUCAGGUACACAGCUCGUGCCUUGCAUCAUCUGUUGGAGUGGCGGUACCACCAGGUUCCCUGGCCCUCCAUCAGGGCCCCAAUCACCCAGAUAGAAAACACCAUAAUGAAGAGACUGAAUGAGGCCUCAGGGACAUAUCAAAUGUUUGGGGUCCUUGGAGAUCUCAUUAUUUUGAAUGAGAAUGGGCUCGAGUUCGAGUACUUAGAGGAGUUUCCUAUAAACCUAAUAGACGAGUUGUACAAGAAUGCUGGUCACAAUGCCACACGCAUCAUUGCCAUUGUUAUGGAGUAUGGAAAGGAUUUUUCAGGACCAGGCAAUGAUAUUUUCCGGAUCGAUCGUGCCACAGGAGAACCAGCUGAAGCCCACCACUCUAAUUUCUUACACCCUGUCUUCUAUUAUUAUGACAAACUCCCAACAGAGCAGGACAUGCGAAAGAAACCUUUGAGGGAUGCCCUCCCUUCACCCAAACUUCUUCAUCACAUUGUGGAGGAUUUCCUCACAUCGUGGGAUGGCUGGACGAGUCAUAUUCUCCCACUCAGACGGUUCCUUGAGGAAGCCCUGGACCGGGACCUACGCAGCUACUUUGCUGAUAAUUGCAUGAAGCUAGCCUUGACUUGUACUGAUGUUCCCCUGUCUUGUCAGAUGGACUUCAUGGAGGGUCAAGGACUUGUUCCAACCUACAGUCUGGCUCAGCUCGCCAAAGAUUCAAAGCUCCUACUCUAAGUAGAACUCGUAUUUAAAAGAGAAAUAUCAAUUCAUACGAAUUGAAGCUGAUAAUCAAUUUCUUUUUUAAAUCCUUUUGAAAUUUUGAAUAAUUUUCUUGCAAGUAGGUGAUUUUGGAACAUUCAUUUUUUUUAUUUACUAGUGAUAUACCAAUUUCGUUCAUAAGGUUGCCAUCAUUUUGGAUUUUUGAUAUGGCCACUACUAGUCUUGUGUCCUUUAGAAUAUAAAGCAGGUUAUCCUCAAACCAUAUAUUCUCGCCUAUAAGUCGGAUUUUUUUGGAGUUAAAUUUUGGUCCAAAACUAUAUGUCUGACUUAUGGGAGUGUCCUAAGAAGAUUAGUAUUUUUCUGGACGUUGUAAUGUAUAUCCUAGUAUUUUUUAAACAACAAAAACAUGGACGAAAUUAACAAAAUAGUAACUGUUUAAUUUGUUGAGAAUAAAAAAUUAAAUAUCGAUGUCAUAUCCCAAAAUAAUAUUGGAACACAGAUAAAUACAUAAGAGUAUUGAUAUGAAAUUGAUUUGUCAAGAUAAAAAUAUCAAACAUCGGCACAUUUCUCAAAAUAUUAUUUGAAACACAGGUAAAAAACAUUAGAGAAUUGAUUUGAAAUUAUCAACCGAUUUUUUAAAAAAGUUAGACCAACUUAUAAAUGGGUCAAUGGCAAUUCCCUCCAAAAUAACUUAAAAACUAUACAAACGACUUAUAGGCGAGUAUAUACGGUGAUUCCAAAAAAAAUAUUCUAAGAAAUGUGUUUUCUUACUAGUAUUGUAGUCUAUAUUAAUAUGUCCUAAAUAUUCCUAUGUACACAAUGUUACUAAGCACUCAAUCUAAAAGAUAGAUAGAUAUUAAGAAUGUCAAUGAUGUAAAUGUACUAUAUACAGCUUAAAGGGACUGGUUCACGAUUUUUGAAAAAAAUAUUUUGCAUUUUUGAUGUUAAACAUUAAAAAUAAAACUCUUUAAUGUUGACAGCUAAAAUUUUGACCUUCUGAAUGCAAGAAUAAAAGCAAUAUUUUAGCCUUGAAUCUGUGUUAUGUAAACAAAGACGAGUCUUUUUAUGUAAACAAACAAACCAGUGAAAUAUUAAUUUUGUAAUAUAAAGCAUCUUAAUUUUGCAUAGUCACAAAUUUUAACUUUCAGAUGACACAUUUUACCCAAAGAAUGCUUGAAAUGUGAAAGAUAUAAUAAACUUAGAUGGAUAUCCAUUUCUUUUGAAAAUUUCGUAAACAAUAGAUACCGCAAUCUUUGUUUACAAAACAAAUAACAAACUCUCUAAAACGAGCGUCUGUGAUAAUGUUUAACCUUAUUUUUUAUGCGAAAUCCUUUAAACACAUUAGACAGUAGGUUUUGAUCAUUAAAAGUGAAAAACAAAAUUUUGGGGGAAAUCGUGAAUCAGUCCCUUUAAAGGACACAUGCAUGUUUCCAAAGUAUACAAAAUUAUACGUAUUUUGUCUUUCCUAUGCUUAUAGUAAUUAAUUCUAAUUGUUAGUUCGCGGAAAUAUCGCAAUAAUUAAUCACAAUAUGGUUUUAAAUCUAAGCCCCGAUUUCAAAAAGUCUCGUUAAUUAGUUAGGUAGUCACGCGGUACUGUGACGCCGCAUGAUAUUUUUUAAAAUUCAGCUUUUAGGGGCCUAACUUACUCACCAUGGACAAUAUUUAUUUCUUGUUGACAAAUUUUCCCAAGUCUUAUAUAUUUUAGCCUCCAGUGCAUACAAAUAGCGAUAUAAAUACCCAAAUGUAGUAAGGAAAGCGAGUAUGAAGUCGGUAAUUGUGAAUAAAUAAUUUUUACAUGAAUCGCUGUCUAAACACUAUUUGGUAAUGUUAUGCCUUUAAUAAUUUGUAAUUGGUGGGUUUUUUUUUUAAAUAAACAGUGGAAUUAUUAUUUAUUUUUGGAUAAGACAAAUUAUGAUGCGUUACAUCGUUGACAACGAGGCUACAGUGUCACGGGUGCAUUUCUUGAAAAAAAAAAUCAAAUUAAAAGUCGAAAUUCUAUUACUUUAUUUGGAUAAAGCAAUUUUUUUUAUUACUAUGAAUUUUGAAUUGUGAACUACACGUCGUUAGAAAGUGGGAGCACGGCAUUAUACUGUUCUUGAUGUUUCAAGUUCAUUUAAGAAAAAUGAAAAUAUUAUAAUAAUUCAUUUUUAAAGUUAGGAAAUACAAUAUUUAAUGAUUUAUAAUUGAAAGUUCUAUUUUAUUUUUUUCAUGUUCAAAAUUUUUGUAAAUCUAUCAGUUGGUAGAAACUGGGAGCACAAUUAAAGUUAUGUGUUGUAACAAGGUGAAGGUUUGUUGGUGGGGGUGUGUAUUGAAUUUGCAGAUCAGUAAAGAAUACAUAUGCUGUGGGUCUAGCAGUGCUUAGCUUCAAUAUAACCAUUUUCUCGCAAUUUAUCUUCGUCUCUGUCCAACUGCUUUUUGAAAAAGUACAUUGGCAAAGAUGACUGGGGUUUUUUUUUCGGGGGGGGGGGGGGUAUGGCAAAGUCCUUGCGCCAACAAAAAAUUAUCCACGUCUAUUUCCCUAACACCUUCCUUCAAAAACUUGAACCUCUCUACUGACAGCUAGUACACCAUUAAACGACACAAAACGCCCUAAUGCAAUGUUAUUUACAAGCCAUUAACGUGAUAAAUGGCUUUUUUAGCUCACCUGAGCUGAAGGCUUUUCUAAUUAAAAUUUCUCUGUUGUCUGUCAGCGUAAACUUUUAACAUUUUCAUCUUCUUCUCCAGAACCACUGGGCCAAUUUCAACUGAACUUGGCACAAAGCAUCCUAAGUUUGUGCAAAUUAAGGCGAGAUAAUCGCAACAAUGCAAAAAUAGGAUGGGGUUAUUUAAAAAUCUUCUCACGAACCAUUGGACUGGAAAAGCUGAAAUUUACAUGAAAGUGGAGAUUCAAUUUUGUUCAAAUCAUGACCCCCGGGGGUAGGAUGGGAAUCAGUUUUACAUGCAAAUGUAUAGGGAAAAUCUUCCUAUAAAGAACCAGUUCCAUAAAAAUGGAAAGCUUCCUGAUAUAAAGUAGAUUCAAAUUUGUUCAGAUCAUAGCGUGGGGCCACAAUAGAAGAUCAAAGUUUUAUAUGCUGAUAUAUAUAGGAAAAUCUUCUUUUCCAAAACCACUUGGCCAAUUUCAAUGAAAGGAGUAUAGCGCACUUGGUAUGCAAUUUCGCCUACACAAAUACUUUUUUCUUGAAUAUCAUUUUUUGUAAAUAUUCUGCUAUACAAUGUCAGUUUAUACUUGUGUUAACCCAAAUUACUUAAUAAAGAUAUCUAUAUGUUGAUAGUAUCUUGAUUUGAUAAGCAUAAACAUCACCGUGAUUAUAUAGAGUAUAUAGUAGAUGUAACGUAAUGGGCAUAAAAAAUUGCAAACUGUUGCAAAAGGCCACCCUAAACCAGAAAUAAAACACUGAAAUUGUUUUACUUGAGUAAGACUGUACAUAAAUCCAUUUGAGGAAAUUUGUUGAAAAUGGAUAAAUAUGAAAAAAUCGUUCUCAUAAUUUACCUUGAGAUUUAAUAGCCUGUCAAACGUUAAACCUUUAAACUUACAUGCCUGGGUACAUUCCGAGUUCAAGUCCAAUAUUUUCCCAAUCUAUUUUUUUUUUUUUUUUUUAUUUGAGGGGGGGGGGGGGGGCUUUUCAUUUUUUUGGGGUCCUUUUCUUGAGAGGGUGUGUGUGUGUGUUAUAAAUGUGAUACAUAUAUUAUAACAAACAUUAGUCAUUUUCAUCACAACUUCCAAUAUUUGCAAGGUUAAUUAUUCCAAGAUCACUGUAGUUCCGUUUGUUUACACUAACAUGUUCCUGUGUGCACAGGAUUUUUAAACUGUAAUGUUGCUGACGAAAAGCUAAACAAAUACUACAGAAAAAGGGGCACAAAUGCACAUCUUCAAAAAUAGAUCAAGGGAGGAAAAGAACUGUUAUACAGUUUGACUUCUCAAAAGUAAAUAUAAAAACUCAUGUAGCAACUGUCAUAUGAUAUUUAAGCAAACCUAAACACUCGAAUUAUCAACCAAAGGCAUCUGAACUGAUGAAAUCUAUUAAAAGUGCUGCAGUUAUUUAUCUUGGUUAACGAAACAUAAAAAACGUCGGCCUUAUAUUUAAAUACAACACGCCAGUCUAUUAUUGGAAACCGGUGUUUUCCAUUUAGAUUUCGGAGUCGGCCGUUUCGUCAGCAAAUGCGCUAUACCUCUUUGGUUCAAAUCAUCCUUGAGUGAAGGGGAUCCAAGUUUGUUCAAAUGAACGGAUCUUUUAAAAUCUUCUCAAGAACCACUGGGCCAGAAAAGUUGAAAUUUACAUGAAAGCUUUCUGACAGAGUAAAGUUUAUUCAAAUCAUGAUUCCCGGAGUUAGGGUGGGGCCAGAAUAGGGGUUUUAAGUUUUAUGUAUGCUGAUAUAUAGGAAAAAUAUUUUUGUGAUAUCUCUUGAACUAUGUAAGCUAGGGCUUUCAUAUUUUGUAUAUACAUUCUUCACAGCAAGACCUUUGGUGUGAUGCAAUGGUGUAUGAUCUUGUGACCUUGACCUGGAAGUUCAACCUAUUUUCAAUAAAAAUUGACCAAUUCAAUAUUUCCUGAACUAUUUAAUGUAGAUCUUUUAUAUUUUAUAUAUAUGCUUCAAAUGGCAAAACCUUUCAUACUAUAUCAUUGCUUUUGACUUUGUGAUCUGGAACUCGAAGUUUGACUUACUUUUAAGAAAACAUAAGCUAUAAAAUAUAUCUGGAACUAUUUUAGGUACAUUUUCACAAGUCAAGCAUUAUUGAUUCAUUACCUCGCACUAACCCUUGACAUCAGUCACUAUUCAAAACAUGGGUUUGGGACAGAGGAUGGCGCAAUAAGCUAAUUUAAAAUUAAAUCAUCCAAUGAGAUUCCUUGUUUUAGUUGCAAGUUUGGUAAGAGCAAAAACAAAGUAAACAAUGAUCUUCAUGGGGUACUUUUCUUAUCAUCAUGAACAUUGCGUGUUGAUUUUAUAUGUAAUGUAAUUAAUAAUUCACGUUAUCAUCCCUUAAACGUUGUAGCUAUUUAUUAAUCUAUUUCAGUUUUAAAUAACUUGUUCAAUUUGUAGAAACACAAUCGACAAACAUACAUGGGCAAUCCAUCAUUUUCAUGUGGCUGGUAUUUUAAAACUUCGUCUAAUUGUUUCUUUAAAAAAGAUUAGAUUCCGAAAAUCAAUCGACGAUCACAAAUUCUACACCAUGUUGCCGAUGCCGCACCAUGUGUGUUUAGUUUUAUUUUCGACCAAUUAUAAAAGCUGUUGUCUGAUUGGCUACAGGCUGCAAACCGAUCAUAUUCUCCAUUUCGAGCCCAUGUUUUGAAUGGUGACUGAUGUCAAGGGUUAGUGUGAGGUAAGGAAUCAAUAACCCUUGACUUGUGAAGAUGUUUUAGGUAGGGCUUUCAUAUUUUGUAUAUACUACAGUGGAUUCUUUAUGGCAAGACCUUGUAAUUCUGUGAGACCUUAGAGUUUGACCUACUUUUAAAAAUCUUACCUAUUCAAUAUCUCCUGAACUAUUUAAGUUAGGGCUUUCAUAUUUUGUAUAUAGAUUUCUGAUGGCAAGACCUUUCAUUAAGCUUUAUGACUGUGACCUUAUAGUUUAACCUACUAAAUAUCCUCAGAACUAUUGAGGCCUAUUCAUAUGUGAAUACAUUUUCAGUUAUGUCGAGAUCCUUUAGGGUUAGGUUGGGGCCACAAUAUGGGAUGAAAAAUUUUCAUGGGAAUAAAGAUUGAUAAAAAUUACAACUGCUGAAGAACGGAAUGGCCAAGUGAGCAAUGUGGCCCAUGAGCCUCUUGUUGUAGAUUAAAUCUAAUCUGUAUAUGAAAUGGCUAACAACUGUUUUCAAACCCUCUUGCUCGAGGUUGCAUAUGACGUCACACAUGGCAUGUAAAAUAUAAGUAAAGGAUUUGAAUUUCAUUUUUCAAACUCAAAAACUACAUGUAAGCAAGAUAUUUCAUUCAAAACACAUGUAAAGUAGUUUUACGCUUGAAAAGAAUUAAUUUUGUUGAAAAAAUUAAAAAGUUUAGUAACAUGCCAUGUGUCCUUUAAGCUUUUCCUCCAAGUUAUUUUCACAAUUUCUUGUCUAGUCCAUUCUCAGGCUCGCCGCUGUUAUAAAUUCAAGGUUUUUAUUCCAUUCUCUAUAACUGCAAAUGCUGCGUACAGAAUCGAGUAAAAGAGCCUUCACAAAUUAUCAGUUAACUACCUACCUACCUACCUAUCCUCUUCGCUCCAGUCGGAUCAUAAGGUCAAUACAAGGCUUCGUCACUCAGUUAACUAUUUCAGAUAAUUUUACCAUCAGGAAAAUUUGUUUAUUCUAAAUUUUCUUUGAAUUUGCAGUUUAAUUAGUUUAGAAUGUUGGUUUGGCAGAUUCUCAUUUUAUACGAUUGUGAUUCAUAUGAAUGAAAUAUGACAUUUUAGUUUUGCAGAUUUUUCGUCAUCUUCCAGCAUUCUCAAAUAUGCCAAAAUUACCCAACAUACAGUACUGUAGUGCCAAUAUCAAAACCAUAACACUAUCAUAAUGUGGUAUUACAUUUACAUGUUUAGAGCAUUUGUCAUGCACUUUAUAGCAAGGUAAUAAUGUGAUGGAUUUGAUGAAGAGUAAUCUUUGAAAAUAUUUCAUUUUCCUGUAUAUUUUAUGUACAUACAGGGUCAUUCAAAAAAUACGUAGACAGUGUCUCUUUCAUAUAAUUUUACUAUAUGAUAUAUUAAUUUUUUAAUAUAAUAUAUAUAUAUAUCGUGUAUAUUUGAAAAAUAGACAAAGUAGACAAUGUCUCUUUCAUAUAUAUACAUGUAUAUAUCGAUAGAUAGAUGUAUAUUUUAAAUCAUUUAUUUCAUUGACCUGGGAUGUUUCAUUCUAUUUGAUCAAAUAGUAUCCAUGAUUUUCUUUCGAUUAUUUGCAGAUUUUCACUGUUGAAAGCCCGUCUUAGAGACAUUUUGAAAUAAUUGCUCAAAUUCCCAACAAUAUAUGUUUACCUGUCUUACAUCCCAUGUCGAAAUGACUUGCACGGUCUGUGCAUUUCUAAGGGCGUGGUUUGAACGAUCUGCACAUUUCUAUGGGCGUGGCCUGAUCAUGCACGGAACGAUUCUUGCACAAAACGAUUUGCACAUAAUGCUGAAUGGUAUGCACGAAACACUGAAAAUGUCUGCAUGGAACGCUGAAUGGUUUGCACAGAACGAAACGCUUUGGAGGUGUAGUAGCACACUUCAGAGUCUGUAUAUAAUUUUAAAAACAAUGUUCUUUCGACAAGAACAUCAUUAUGUCAAAAACACAGCGUCAUGUUUCAGUUUCUCAAAAUAUUCCCGUCGGUGGCCGAGUGGUUAGGCCGUCAGACUCUCGACCGAAAGGUCGUGGGUUCGAGUCCUGGCCGCGGCAGGGCUGACGUUGUGUCCUUGGGAAAGGCACUUUACAUGAAUUUCCUCACUCCACCCAAGUGUAAAAGGGGUACCUGGCUAUAGACAGUGAAAGAUAUUGUUAGAAUGUUAGUGCUCUAGCGCUUGUAAUGGCAGCUUGCACUGUAUGCUUCCUAGGAGGCUGAGAAAGUUCUAGAUUGAUAUAAGGUCUGCCGGGGUAAUAAUGUACAUUACAUUUGUAAAGCACCUUUGAGCGUACAUGGUGUAUGAAAAGGGUGCUAUAUAAAUAUGGUAUUAUUAUUUUUUAUUAUUAUUACAUGUCACGCGCAGCCUGUGGCGCCAUCCAGUGGACAGCAACUCUUCUCGUGAAGACGGUGCCGGAGCUCUGAAUAUCAAAGAUAUCUGCUAAUUCUGCAACAGUAACGCAGCCAUCAUUUUCCAUAACGGUGCUUAUUCUUUUGACAAGUUCUUCACAAAUGAUUUGUUUCCUACAAGAACGUUCGUCAUCCAAUAUAGAUCGAUCUACCACAAGAAAAUUGUCUGUGCCAUUUAUACACUAAAGCACUCGCUUUUUACAUUAUCCGCUUCUUCCACAUUUUAACUAUUGGAGAUUUCUAGAUUGCAACACAAAAAUUUAUGGCCAUGCACUGCUCCGUGAUUCCCCACAAUGUCAUGGGGUUUUUUUACCUUCACGAAAGAGAACUACCUGCUUUCUGUAAUCGAUUUCCAUUAAUCGCCUUAGCGUAAUAAUUCAAAUCUUUGCUUAUGAAUAGUUUUCUGCUAGAACAUAUAAAUUUUAUUCUGAUUUAACGCCAUUUGUUAGAGAUUUGACAAUUAACAUUAUAUAUGUAUGAUACAUUUUUGUAAAUAACAAAAUUUUACCAUGCGAUGUGAACUAAUUUUUUUGGUUUUAAUUUUUGAAAUAUUUUUUGAUAUAUUGUAACAUAUCUGAAUUUUCUUUAAUAUAAUUAAAAUCAUUUAUUAUCUGAUUAUGUCUACCAAUUUUAAAUGUAAUAUGACAUUCAGAAAAAGAGUUAUAUGGCAAAAGUCUACAUAUUUUUGAAUGACCCUCGUAUAUAUUGAAAUUACUAGUGCUAGUAAAUAGUAGUAAAAGAUGGCUGAUUCAAAUAUUUAGGUGUGUUGGUGAUGCAAAUUUAUUCUGCAAGAUGCAUUUCUUGUUUAAAAUAUAUUUGUCCAGGUUUAUUUUUCACAUGAUGCUAUCUUUUCACAUAGAAUAUUUCAACAGUUACCAAGAUACAUGUAUAUUUAUGAUUAUGCAAAUCUUUUUAGUAUAUUUUUUAUAAAAGAUAUUUUUAUAUUCAUGUAGAAUAUAUACCCAAGAGUACAUAAAGAUGUUGAUUUAAAAAUCUCAUUAUACUUUUGUAGAAUCAUAGGGUAUUGAUGUACAAAUUGUAUUACAUUCCUAAAACUCUGUAGUCAAUUAGAAGAAAAAAUCUGUAUUCUUGAGACAAAUGAUUGAAACAGAAUAUAGAUGGCAGUAAAAGAUGUCCUAUAGAAUAUUUGAAAAGAAGUGUCGAUCUGUAUCAUUAAAGAAAAGGAACACAUGCUAUAUUUCUAAUGUAUGCUGUUUCUCAAACAGGUAGAGACAAGAGGUUAUUUGUCUGUACGUUAUAUUUUCUAGGAUGGCCUUUCCUUGCUGUUUGUAAACAUUCUUUGCAUGUAGAUUGGAUUGUUUCACCCGAUCAUGUAGACAUAAAAAUUCAACUAUUCUCUACCAAAUAAAAUCAUGUUUAUUUGCUUAGAAUGCCCCAUUUAUCUUGCAAAUAGUGAAAUUUAUCAGUGCUGUUCUUUCUUUAAUUUUCAUAUAUGAGUCAUUUCAACAACUUUUUCUAUCAUUUUGAUAGUUUUCAGCUCACCUGAGCCGAAGGCAUUUCUGAUCAAAAUUUGUCUGUCUGCAUCACGGGCACUUGGUGCAUGGAUCAUGAUCACCCUCCAAUUAUUACUAUUAAUUUUUUUUUUCGACCAAAUAUUUUUUUCUUCGUAUGUUUUGUAGAUAUGCAUUUAGGAUCACCCAAAAAUGUUACUUUUCGUCUCUGUUACGUAUUAGUCAAAAUCACGUUCUCAGUCAUUAUAAGGAGAGAAGGCAUGCAACUCUUUUCACGUCGUCUGUCUCACCUGGUUCAAAGUUUGCCUGUUUUUUUUUUCACUCAAAGAAAGUCAAAACAUUGGAUAUGCAUACAUCAAUAAAUUGGUCUAACAUUC